UUCUUGGUCUUUUAACACCGCUUCCAUCCCAGUUUCUCCUGUCUUCACCUCCUCUCAUCUCGGCGAUCGGGAAGGAUACAAGUCAAAGCCUCUGUUCCUCUCCAGCUGAUCGAGAAGCGAUCUGUCGCUUCAGCCCCGAGACGCUGCUGGAGGAAAUUCUUGUUCGGAAAACAGACAAUAAGAGCUGCACCUGUCCGGAGGCUGCAGCUGGAAGACAGCGAGACGCAACUUCUGCAAAACGACACCUAGAGUUGUUGAAAAUGAAACUGGAUGCGCCUCUACCAGUGCUGCUGUGUGCCAUCUGUCUCCUCGUCCUGCCGUCGCCCUCUACUUCCCACCACGACUCAGCUUGCCUUUCCUCAGAUGAUUCGAAGCUGCUCCAGGUAACCAUCCCCACCACCCCAGUUGUGUCCGUCGUGCUGGGUGGCGCUCUGACUUUACCCUGCCUGGUGUCUUUGACCCACCCGCCCCCGUCCCCGUCCACUAAUGGCCGCCACGCCGUGCUGUCUGUCCCCCGGGUCAAAUGGAGCAUUCUGACUCACGGCAGAGAGACGGAGAUCCUGGUGGCCCGAGGUGACAGGGUGAGGGUCAGCGAGGCCUACAAGGACCGAGCCUCGCUGCUCAAUUACGCCUACUCGCCCGCCGACCUCACCCUGCAUCUGGAGAGCCUGAGGCACAACGACACCGGCUUCUACCGCUGCGAGGUGCAGCAGGGCCUGGAGGAUGCUGACGAUGUGGUUCACGUGAAGGUCAAAGGAGUGGUGUUCCAUUAUCGUGACGCAUCCAGCCGGUACGCCUUUACUUUUGAGCAGGCCAGAGAGGCCUGUGAGGACAUCGGGGCUGAAAUUGCCACCCCAGAGCAGCUCCUUGCAGCCUACAACAGUGGGUACGAGCAGUGUGAUGCCGGCUGGCUCUCGGAUCACUCAGUCAGAUAUCCCAUUCAAAUGCCAAGAGAGGGCUGCUUUGGAGAUAUGGAUGGAAUGCCAGGAGUGAGGAAUUAUGGACUGUUGGAGGCUGAUGAGCUGUAUGACGUCUACUGCUACAUAGAGAACAUUCAGGGUGAGGUGUUUCAUGGCUCCACCACCCAGCGUUUCACCUUCUGGGAGGCCAAGGCCUACUGUCUGAGUCACGGAGCUGAGCUGGCCACCACAGCUCAGCUGUACGCAGCCUGGAAUGAUGGGCUGAACCACUGCAGCCCGGGGUGGCUGGCAGACGGCAGUGUGCGAUAUCCCAUCGUCACCCCUAGAGAACGCUGUGGAGGUGGUGAACCUGGAGUUAGAACCGUCUACAGAUUCAGCAACCAGACAGGCUUCCCUGAGACUAAUUCUCGACACGACGCCUACUGCUUCAGAAGUGAUAACGGCUUUUACACAGAAUCUCCGCAGGAUUUUCUUGCCACUGAGCCAGAGGACAUUGGCCAAGACAUUGUUUUCUUUACUAAUCCUGCUCAGGAGGAGGUCAGCCAGAGUGAUGUAACACCCACAAUAGUUGAAGAGGUGCAACGUGCCCUGAUGACAAAUCCAGCAAAACAGGACCCUGUUGAGACUCACUCUACAACAUUAGGUUAUGACAAGGAGCCUCUCCUCACAGUAGACCUUCCUCAGUCUAUGACUCCUCUGUCUGAGCAUCAAGAGCAUCUGCCCACCAAAGACACCUGGACACCCAUAGAGAAAGCCAGCUACCCUGAGUCCUAUCAGCCAGCACCUGAAGAAAACCCAGACACAGAUGAUGAAGAGUCUCAUGUGCAUCCACCAACUUCCCCAACAGAUGAUAGUGAACUAACUGUUGCUGAAGACUCCAGUAUACCCUCAGUUGAUCCAACAACUUUAGUGAAUGAAGACACCUUAGAGCCUCACAUUUCUGACACUGAAAGCCCAGAUACUCUAGAUGUUAAUGCAACAUCUGGAGUGGAUGUGUAUGAGCAGCUCAACAGCUCCUCAGAGGUGCAUCAGGAGAGUGAUCUCCCUGUUUUACAAGAGGACCACACUCCAGAUGCACACUUGGAACACGCCUCUGGAACAGAACUGGUCUACUCGAGCACCUCUUAUGAUGUUUCAGAACAGCCAGAAGAAGCCAGCACUGGUACUGCUGAGGAGAUAUCAGUGGUGACGACAACUUCACCCCACACCGAGGAAACAGAUGUUCACUCCACCACCCCAUUGCCAUCUCUUGAUAACAGUACAUCUGAGAACCAUCCAACUGAAGAAGACUCUGAAGGGGAGAGUGGAAAUCUUCCUCCAGAUGAGGAAAUGCAGAACUCUGUGACGCAUAGUUUGCUUGGUAUGGACACCGCUGCUACCUCUGAAGUGACACCUACAUCUGAUCCAAGUUAUGAUUCUACUGAAGAGCACUCAGGUGUAACAAUAGAGUCGUCCAUCCCGGUUGACCAGGGUGAUGAGGAUUUCAAUAGCACUUCAGAGGAGGCAGCACCAGAUGAUCCAACAGAGCAAAGUGGACACAUCCAUCCAACAGAAAGCCCAACAACAGAGGUCAUCUCAGUCACAGAAGACUCAGGCUCCAGUGUAGAUGCCCCUGUCCUUCACAGCGAUCCAGUCACUUUGUUGCCAUCCCCAUCCCCAGACUCUGUAACACUGUCUCCUCCUUCUGUGGAGGUUGAGGCCAGCUCCCCAGAGAUUAUAACUUUCAUACCUGAAAGUAAUGUUUCAUCCGGGUCUGAACCUCCGGAGGACAUUCAGAAUAAACUUGAACAAGAGGGAUUAGGAGAAAGCCCAAUAGUCUUCCUCAGCACAACCCAAAAUAUCACGGACAGCGAUCCAGAGGGGAGGGAGGAAGACACCGGAGAGGAAUCAGGUGAAUCGUCAGGAGAAAACCCACACAUGAAACCAGAAUUCCUACUGACAAACCCAACUCUUUCCACGGACCACACUUCUGAGGCAACAGAUGACGAGGUGGGCACCGAUGCACCUCCUCCAUCAGAGAUAAAAAUCACACUCAUACCUCGUCUGACCCUCACACCUGGUUGGGAGCAUGAACCUUCAUCUGCCACACCUCAGGAGUCUCGAUCUGACCGGGAGUACAGCGCUGAGCCUCCUGUCGCUGAGGAAUCUGAUGGUGUCUCUCAGGAGCAAGAUGUCUUGUUGGAGAGCACGACCAGCAGUAUUAAUGAACAUGGUGAGGGGGAGACCAGCACAGACGAGCCCUUAGUUAAAAUAUGCACAUGGCGUCCUGAAGAGGAGGAGAUCUCCAGUCUGACCACAGACAGUAGUGAUGUGACCAUCGUUGCUCCCACCAUUCUCCCUGAGAAUAAUAGGGAAGAGGUGGAGGAGCAGACUGCAUCUCUGCCUGCUGUCAAAGUUUCUGCUGUGAGACAAGGAGCACUUUCAGACUCCUGCCUGGAGAACCCUUGUUUGAAUGGAGGCACAUGUGUUGACGGUGAAUCAAUAAAAUGCUUUUGUUUGCCUGGUUAUGGAGGAGACUUGUGCCAGACAGACUUGGAGGUGUGUGAGCCGGGCUGGGAGAAGUUUCAGGGCUUUUGUUAUCGUCACUUUAGCAAACGGCAGAGCUGGGAGGCGGCUGAGCAGCACUGUCGGAUGUGUGGCGGACAUCUACUGUCUGUCAUGACUCCUGAGGAGCAGGACUACAUCAAUGACAAAUACAGAGAAUAUCAGUGGAUUGGACUCAAUGACAGAACCAUUGAAGGAGACUUCCGCUGGUCAGACGGCAGCCCUCUGCUCUAUGAGAACUGGUACAGAGGUCAGCCUGACAGCUACUUCCUGUCUGGCGAGGACUGCGCAGUGAUGGUGUGGCACGAUGGCGGCCGCUGGAGCGAUGUGCCGUGCAACUACCAUCUAUCGUACACCUGCAAGAAGGGCGUCUCCUCCUGUGGCGAGCCCCCCCAGGUUCCCUUUGCUAAGGUGUUUGGGAAGAAGCGGUCGCGUUACGAGACCAACACCAGGGUGCGGUACUACUGUGAAGAGGGGUUCAUGCAGAAACUGAAUCCUGUGAUCAAAUGCCUGCCUGGUGGUCAGUGGGAGGAGCCUCUGAUUACCUGCAUGCCAACCCAUUCAGUAGAAGAGGACUCAGUUACCUCACAUCCUGACCAGCAUGAGGACGUCAUGGAGCUCCAGGGUGCAGCCACAGAGAAAGCAACUCCACUGUUCUGGGACAUUAAGUGGAAUGAUUAAAGCCAUUUUUUUAAAAAAUGGCAUUUCUCCUCCUGUUUUCCUACUUUUCUCUUGUCUCAAAAGACUGCCCGACCCACUUCCUGCAUCAUGUUCAGCUGUAUCAUUCCCACUGAAAUCUUGUCAAGGCCACAAAUCCUACAGUCAUGGCAAUUGCUAUUACCCAAAUAUGUGUUUUCCAGUACUGCAGAAAGUGAUGUAGGCUUUAGGAGAUGUCGUCAGAAAAGCCCACUCUGAUCUCAUACGACCUUAAAACAAAAAUUACAACGCUGGCGAGUAGUUUAGUAAACUUAUCUCUUUCAGUAGCGAGAAACACAAACUUUGUGAAGCAUCUCUUUCAAAAAUAAGCAGUUAUUCAUAGUUUGACAGUUUAUAAUAUGGACAAUUCCUUUUCCAUUGGCUCAUUUUGAAUGGUUCAACAUGUUUAACAAGUGGAAUUGUUCUGGCUUACACCUAAAAACAAAACAAAACAAAAAAACACACAUUUUGUGUCUCUGAAAAUGUAGUAAUCAUUGAUUAUCAGAUGAUUAAUAUACAUAAAUGAUAACCUGUUUGUUUAAACAGAGAAUCUGUUCAUUUAGCCAUUUGAAAAAUAAAGCACUUACUGCACUGAAUCUGCUUGAUCUAGAUUUCCCUGGAUAGCACUAAACAGCAACACUUUGGAUCAACAGUUCGUAUUUUUUCAGUUUUACACCUAAGGACAAUUUGUAAUUAUGCAGAAUAAUAUCAUUUAUUUAAAACAGUGAUUCACAAGACACAUACACAUACACAUUACAUAAUUACUUAAGUGUGAAUGUUACUUUUGCAAUCAGCCCUUCUUUAGUUGAACAUAGUUGUGCUGUAGGUAAAGUUAGUAGACAUUUAAUUCAUCCUGUGGAAUGACAGUGCUAAAUUCAUGAAUUUAUUUUAGCAUUUGUAAUUAACUGCUGUUCACGGUAAUUUUCAGAGUUCAUGUCUCCAAGUGUGAACUGCUUCUUGGCAUUAGCUGGUCUGACAUUUACUAAACCGGUUGGUCUCAGAGUCAGACAGCUCCUCAUUUGUAUUGUAAUACAAAAUAUUAUCAGCUUUGAAAACUGCGCCAGAUAUGUGGCACGUUUAUUGGAUAUUUCGGCACAAUGAAAGUUAAAUAAAUACAGCUUCUCUGUUGUAGUUUAGUGCAAUGGUUCAUCACAGCCAAACAUCUCAUGUAAUCACCUCUAGCUGGAAGCACAAUCAAGAUUAUUACCCCCAGGUGCAGCUACUUUUGCAGCUGUUUCGAUUUCACUGACCAAAAAAUGUUUUUCAUUUAAUGGCACAAUAUUGAUAACCAAAUAACCUAAAAUGUCUUUUUUUAAAUUGUCCAAAAAUACAACUUGCGUCACGACUGUGUUUCUCUGUUUAUACUCAUUUAGUUUUUGGACUGCCAUGCAAGAAAACUGAAAAAAAAAAGGCAAAAUUAAUUGUUUUUGUUGUUCUUCCACUAUGGUCUGACAUAAAUAUGCUAUACAGCUGAAUCUUAUUAUUUUUAAAAAUCAUAGUCAGCUGUAUGAAUAAUGGAAGUAUUUGUUGCAAUCUUAAAGUAUUCCUGUGAUGUUUUAAUUAGGCAGUUUUACAACAAAUGACACUCUACAAGAAGAGACCGAUAAAUUGGAGAAAUGAUGUGCCAUAGUGAUUGUUCAGGGAUCCACAUUUCUGACACAUUUGCAGUUAAUUCAGAUCUGAUAUGUCUAGCUUUGUCUCUUUGGUUAGUCAGUUGGUUGGACACUUCCAUCAGUCAUUUUGCACAUAGUUGUCGCCUGUAGUGUUACUACUACAUUUUUCUUUUCACAAAAUGGGCUCAUCUUUUUUUUUGCUUGACUUUAAAGUUGAGAUAACAGGAGGAGGCAGAUGUAGGGACAUGCCAGGCGUUCUUAAGAACUGUACAGAUGCAGUUUAUAGCUGAGAUCCACUCGCAGAGUGAGUCACCGUCGUCUGACUGAUCAGAUACCAUUCUGAUUACAACUUGUUUUGUGUUGCUAACAUGGGUUUUUCCUGAUCCAAAUACAUGUUAAUACUGUGAGCAUAUGGAGACAGAGCGACUGCAUGUCCAGCUCGCUCACUCCCCUUUAAUUUCCCACCUGUGUGCUGGAGAGUUGCUGUCAGUGAUCACACCUGAAGUGACUCUCAGCGAUUACACUGAACUCCAGCCAUGUGGAUGUGGUUCCCCUUGAUUGCAGUUCCACUGUGUUUUACUGUGAUAACAGAGAGUAUUCUCCAAUACAUCUUUAAGCACAAUGUUAAUGUCAGCAGAUAUAAUAAAUUAGUGUCUCAACUGUUGCUUCUUGGAGAGGAAAGAGUUUUUUAUUUUUUUCAUUUUGCUGAAGGAAUAAAAAUGAGAUUCCACUCAGACAAAGCCGAACCAUUCGACUAUCUCUGAGUCCAUAUGACAUUUUCUCAAGUGUGCAGAUCACUGACUCUGCUCAUCCUCUGGUGCUUUUUAUUCAGGUGUCUCUUGGACUUUGUACGAUGACGUGCUAAUAUGAACUGCACUGUAUCUGUAUCCAGCCAGAACUGUAUUAAUGUGCAACGUUCUAAUCAGACUUUGACUUUAAAAGCUAUUUAGAUAAUUGUGUUCAUUGAGGAUCAUUAAGGAAAAGCUGAUACUUUAAUGUCACUGAUACAACCAUAGCAACCAAGUACAGUCAUGAUCACAAUGACAAUGCAGAUGAUGUUAACUGUUGAUUUAAUGAAUCUAUAGUAAAUAAAUGUAGGAAUGAUACAGUAAAAAUAGAUCCAAUAAAAACUCAUCAGUUGAA